AUGGAUCACUUUGAGCUGCUCGUCCGCUCUAUUCUGCUCCGUCCCGAGCAGCCGGCCGUCAUUCUGCUUGGCCAUUUCGCCCCGCAGGUGCUGAUCCAGAACGGUUUCGCCGGCCCCGAGCUGCUCCACGACAUCGUGGCCCAGUAUUACGACGUCCCCCACAUCAGCGCCAAGGGCACGCUGUACCACGAGUACAUGCUUGACCCCGAAGGCACUCGACGAAGCUACUACUCGGACAUGGUGCUCGCCUCGCCCACGGGCCACGACCUCAUGUCCGACCUUCUCAUCUCGUUCAUGCAGACGCAGAUUUGCUCCGGCUGGAGCACGACGAUGGGCCACGCCUUUGACGUGCCGUACAUGGGAGCCCAGGCUGCCUCUGCGCCUGAGUCGGACGUCGAUCUCGAUGUGCAGGCGGGAGGCGUUGCCGCUCAGCGUCGUGCCCUCCGUGUCCCGAAGGCACGCCUGCACUCUCGCCCCAGCGACAUCCUGACGUUCCGCGAAGUCAGCCCUUCGUGCAACAUGGCGAACCCGCUUAUCAACCCUCUUCCCCCGUGCCACUUCUACGGCCACGGCUGGACAGCCGAGCACAAGGUCUCGAUCGAGGGUGAGGAGAACUACUGGCAGUCCGAGACGGUGGGCGCCAACAUGCGCCUCCCCUUCAAUGCCUCGGCGGGCGAAGUCGCGAUCUAUUACUACCAGUACCCCCACAGCGUGCCCGCGGGCCGUGUGGCGUGCUGGGUCGACGACGACUAUGCGAACCGCGUCGAGCUCAGCGGCAACGCCAACGUCGAGGAUACGGUCACGACCAUUACGAACAUCAACGACAACGUCGAGGCCGGCAGCCACUAUGUCGAGUGCGUCAUGCAGGGCACGAAGCAUGGUGCCAAGAGCCCGCCGUUCCGCAUGCUCGGCGUGUUCUCGACGUAG